AUUGUGACAACUUGCUGCAUUGCGAUUUCAUUAGGAAAAAUGUGCGCAAACCGUGACCGAGUCACAAUUGAGCGUGAUGCAACGCGUCGGCGGUAGCUUCUUUUUAUCGUUGAACGAAAUAUUGCCGAGAGCGGGGCACACUUUCCGCUGUGGAAUUACGUUCAAAUGUGUGAGAAGAAUCAUCGUGACUGACUAUGUCGUCGAUAUGGUGUGAAUAAGCCUUAACUUGCGAAUCCCGGAUUUUUUCGGCCAAAUGUAGAUAGAGACACGUACGCGAUACGCACUGAUGCGAUGCCUGUGUAUAUUUCUACACACAUGCACGCGCAAUCUCGAUUCGGUGAAAUAGCGCUCCUCGCUACCGUUGGAUACUCGCAACGAUCACAGAAAUACAACGAUCGACGAAAGUUCAAACGUCAGGCGAGAUCACGCGCGCUAUGUUAUCGGGACAGAAGAAUCAAGCCGUUCCAAAUACUGUGAAAUAAUGCACGACAAACCGGAAUCUCCAAGCAAUGCAUCAGAUUCACCACCAUCAGUAAGCCCACUUUCUUCAUCCAUUGUACUACAACGUGAAGGAAUUGUAAGCCAACCACUGAGUGCUCCUGCAUCGCCUCUGUCUUCCCUGACAUCACCUGUAACCCAGUUAAACCUACCAUCACCUGGGGAUUGCACCCAGGAUCCUAAUUGGCAAGCGACAAAACCUACAGUUCGAGAACGGAAUGCAGCCAUGUUCAAUAAUCAUCUUAUGGCUGAUAUUAUAUUCAUUGUUGGCAGUCCAGGUCAUACACAAACCAUACCAGCACAUAAGUACGUCUUAGCCACUGGCAGCUCUGUAUUUUAUGCUAUGUUCUACGGAGGAUUACCAGAAAAUAAGAGAGACAUAGAAGUGCCUGAUGUUGAACCAGCUGCAUUUCUUGCGCUGUUGAGGUAUAUGUAUUGCGAUGAAGUGCAACUUGAAGCGGACACGGUUCUGGCAACAUUAUAUGUCGCGAAGAAGUACAUAGUUCCACACUUGGCGCGAGCGUGCGUCAAUUACCUGGAGACGAGCCUGACUGCGAAGAACGCGUGCUUACUUCUGAGCCAGUCUCGUCUGUUUGAAGAGCCAAAUCUUAUGCAACGUUGCUGGGAGGUGAUCGACGCACAAGCAGAAAUGGCACUAAGAUCCGAUGGUUUUGUGGACAUUGACAUUCAUACGCUCGAAUCAGUCUUAUCUCGAGAGACGUUAAACUGCAAAGAGAUACAUAUAUGGGAUGCUGCGUUACGAUGGGCUUCCGCAGAGUGCAUCCGGCAAGACCUUGAGCCAACCCCCGCCAAUCAAAGGCAAUUGUUAGGAUCCGCCUUAUAUUUAAUUAGACUCCCCGCUAUGAAUCUGGAGGAAUUCGCAAACAGCGCAGCGCAGACGGGCAUUCUAACACAUCAAGAGACAAUCGACGUGUUUCUACACUUCACAGCCAGCAACAAACCACUACUCUGUUUCCCCACCAAACCACGCCAAGGAUUGAAAACUCAAGUGUGCCAUAGAUUCCAGUCCUGCGCAUAUAGAUCGAAUCAAUGGCGGUACAGGGGUCGUUGCGACUCGAUCCAGUUCAGCGUCGACAAAAGGAUAUUCGUGGUGGGUUUCGGAUUAUACGGAAGCUCGUCCGGUGCUGCGGAUUACAACGUUAAGAUAGAGCUCAAGAGGCUCGGGAAUGUCCUCGCGGAGAACAAUACAAAAUUCUUUUCCGAUGGUUCGAGCAACACGUUCCACGUUUACUUCGAGAAUCCGAUACAGAUUGAGCCGGAGUGUUCGUAUACGGCAAGUGCGAUAUUGGACGGCGGGGAGUUGAGUUUCUUCGGUCAAGAAGGCAUGUCGGAGGCGACGGUCGGCAGCGUGAACUUUCAGUUUCAGUGCAGUUCCGAGAGCACCAACGGCACCGGUGUUCAAGGCGGACAGAUUCCCGAAUUGAUUUUCUACGGACCGCCGUCCGACGACUGACGGAAGACCACGACGGAGCUUAUGGUCUAAUAAUCGCGUGGCUCGUAACGAAAAGUAAUAUUUGAGUGGCUCGCUACGCAAAUCAAGUCUGCUGCCAAAUUCUCCGACGGAAAAGCGUGUAUUCGAUAGGUGCACUCUAACGAUCUGGUUAUUCGAAUUUCACAUCCCAAACGAGGAUUUCACGACAUCCGGUAAAAACGACACCACGGAAUAAAUGGAGCAAGUAUUGCGUGUAAUAUUUUGGGAGAUGCAAGUGUUAUCGAGUCUACGUUACAUAGCGUUACAGUUAUCCUGUAUUGUAGAUAUGUACUAUUAACUUAAGACGACGGCGUUUCAGCAGAAUUAAUGUUUUUAAUAUUAGGGCUUUUAAGUCACCUCCCAUAUGUCCCUAUUAACUGAUUCGUUCAUGAAGCAGAAUUAUUUGUUGACAUUUAUAUUUUAUGGGAUGUAUUUCUCAGAUCGAAGCAUAUAGUGCCGGAAGUUAGUGUUUCAAUCCAAAGGACAAUACCAAAUUUUAAUAAGAAUGUGCAAUGUGUUAUCAUACGCGACUUGUUCCAAAAUUAUAUUUUCGUAGGAGGUGAAAAUAUACAGUAUUACAUAUAUAUAUACCCUAUUGUAUAGUAUUAUGCAAUUUACAAAAACAAUUAGUAGACAAGUUUAAGGCUACACUGUUCCUUCGCUGUGAUCAUUUUGAAUUAUGAUAUCAGAAACGAGGAAAUACACUGAAGAUUUUUGCAAGAUAUGUUAAAUUGAAUAUAUUUAUUAAACUAUACAACUAUUCACUUGAAACAAUUCGAGCCCAUUUUAAUCAUAAAAAAUUAAUAUGACAUCAGAAAAGAUAAUAAGUUGCAUAUCUUAAAGAUAGAUCGCGUGUUAUGCUAAUUUUAUAGUAAUUUAUUAUAAAAAGAUGUUGAGAAAAAGACAGUAUUUGAAAUUAUUUUACAAAUCUUUUAUAUAUCCAUGAUAUAUAUCUUUUCAUUUAAGCAUAUUUUGCAAGAAUUUUAAGCGUGUAUUUUCUUGCUCCUGACUUUAUUACUCACAAAUUGCAUGGCGAAGAAUCAGGAGCCUUAAAGCUUGAUUCGUACUAGUUUAAAAUUGUUAAUAAAUCUCAAGGUUUUUGACUGCCAUCGACAUCGUAUUUGUAUGAAUGAAUUUUUAGUUGCAAUUUCGAGGAAAAUUCUGAAACGCCUUAAUAUAACACUGUUAACAAUCUCGUUCGUGAAAUUAUGUGAACAUUUUUGGGAAAGAGUGCAUCUAUAUUUUUCUAUGCAUACUUAAUGAUGCAUACUCUUAUUAAUUUGUGUGACAGAUCUAAUUUCUUCUCUGAUAUUAAAUAAAGAGAAAUGGCUGUUCAAAAAUGUAAAUAUUUGAAAUAAGAAUGUGAUGUAAAGAGAAAAAAGAUUAUGCAUAAUAUCAUAUUGUGACAAAUAAAAUAAAGCAAUGAACACACUAAAAGGGCCAAUUUAAAGUAAUUAUUACUAGACAGUAUACAAAAUAGUUUCUCUGUAUUACAACAUAAUAAAGAAUUUUUCUUAUCUAGUAAUUUUUACUCGUUUUUACGCACAAAAACGAGUCUGUAAAAAAUUUACAAGAGUUGUUUU